CACCAGUGUGAAGAAGGAAAUUGUAUGUUUCAUUACAAGGCGCGAAUGUUGUGGAGAGAAGAAAAAGUAGACCAAGUUUUGGAGGGUGGAGGAGGUUGCAGUUUGAAAGGGGGUUGGUCAGGAAGGGCUUAUUAGAAAGUUGACAUCUGAACGCGGAUUUAAGGAGUUGUGCUAACUAACCACUUAGUGUCUGGGACAAGAGCAUUGCAGUUAGAAGAACAAGUGGGUGCAGAGACCCACUGGCGUGCUGGAGAGUCACCAAGGAGGCAGGGUGGCUGGAGGAAAACCAGCAGUCACAAGUGAGUUUGGGGGGUGGUCGGGAGGUUGAACAGGAAGCUGACCAUGUCUAGCAUCGCAGGCUGUCGGGGAAUUCUAGGUUUUAUGAUGGGAAAUCAGUGCAGGGUGUUAAGCAGGGGACGGACAGGAUCUGCAUUGCAUUUUCAUAGGUUCAUUCUGGCCUCUGUGUCCAUAUGGGAGGUAGGGGUGGAAGAUGUGGGUAGACCAGGUGACCAUUGAGAGGCCAAUAGAGAAAUCCAUUAGAGUCGUUCAGAUGAGAUAAUGGUGGCUUGCUCUAUGGUAGCAGUAGAAGGAGCGAAAAGUGGUCACGUUCUGGAUACAGUUUGAAGACAGGGUCCUUAAGAUGUCCUGGCGGAAUGGGUGUGGGGUGUGAGAGGAAGGGGCAAGUCUGUAAGUGUGUUGAGGGUUUUAGCUGGUCACUAGACGGACCUGUCACCCAUGGAAACGGGGACGUCCGCAGGUAGAGGAAGUUGGGUCACGAAAAGAGUAGAAGUUCAGUUCUGAGCAUGUGGAGAGGUUGUAAGACAGAUGCUGAGUGGACAGGUCCGUACAGAUCCGAUGGUGGAGGCCGGUGAUCCGGCUCGGGUGUAGUGGGAGUCUUGGACCUGUGGUUGGUUGGUGUUUAGGGGAGUAAGAUCGGAUGAGAUCCCAGCGAGAGGAGAGUUUUGAGGACUGGGCCCUGGGACAUUCCAGCUGUCGGAGGAGCAGGCGGAGAGGAAGAGACGGCAAAGGAGACCAAGGGGGGACAACCAGAGACCAGGGGGAGACCAAGAGCGUGGCAUCCUGGAAGCCCCAUGGAAUCAUCUCAGAAGCGGGGGGUUCUGAGCUGAUGGCGCAGGUGAGGGGAGGGCUGAGAAGUCUCUGGGGUCGGCACCGUGCUGGUCACUCACUGGUGGCUCUGGGAGCAACACGGAGGUCUGGUGGCUGUGGGCCCAAAAGCGCCAUUGGAGUGGUUGCGGAGAGAAGGCCCGAGGGGAGGACCGGGAGACAGAUGCUGACAGCUGUUCUGGGCCGCUAGCUCGGCUGCAGAGGGAGUGGAAUUGGGGGUGGUGUCCGGCGGGGUAAAUAAGGCCAAGAGAGUCAACUUUCAGUUGGAAGCGUUGGCUCUUGUGCCGUGGGCGGCGGUUCAGUAGAGACUGAAAAACUGGGAGUGCUGGAAGGACCUUGCUGACCUCAUUUCUUGAGCAGACUGUUCUGCCAUGACCACAGCGCGGUACCGGCCCACGUGGGACCUGGCCCUCGAUCCGCUGGUGUCGUGCAAGCUGUGUCUCGGGGAGUACCCGGUGGAGCAGAUGACCACCAUCGCCCAGUGCCAGUGCAUAUUCUGUACUCUGUGCCUGAAACAGUAUGUCGAGCUCUUGAUCAAAGAAGGAUUGGAAACUGCGAUCAGUUGCCCCGAUGCCGCCUGCCCUAAGCAAGGCCACCUGCAGGAGGACGAGAUCGAGUGCAUGGUGGCGGCUGAAAUUAUGCAAAGAUAUAAAAAGCUACAAUUUGAAAGAGAGGUGCUGCUGGACCCCUGUCGGACCUGGUGCCCUGCUUCCACCUGCCAGGCCGUGUGCCAGCUCCAGGACAUGGGGCUGCAGACACCCCAGCUGGUGCGGUGCAAGGCCUGUGACGUGGAAUUCUGCUCCGCCUGCAAAGCCAGCUGGCAUCCCGGCCAGGGCUGCCCGGAGACCAUGCCCAUCUCCUUCCUUCCCGGAGAGACCAGCUCUGCUUUCAAACUGGAGGAGGACGAUGCGCCCAUCAAGCGGUGCCCCAAGUGCAAGGUGUACAUCGAGCGGGACGAAGGGUGUGCACAGAUGAUGUGUAAGAACUGCAAGCACGCCUUCUGCUGGUACUGCCUCGAGUCUCUGGACGAUGACUUCCUCCUGAUCCAUUACGAUAAAGGACCGUGCCGGAACAAGCUGGGCCAUUCCAGGGCAUCUGUGAUCUGGCAUCGGACACAGGUCGUGGGCAUUUUUGCUGGAUUUGGGCUCCUGCUGUUGGUGGCCUCGCCUUUCCUGCUCUUGGCCACUCCGUUUGUACUUUGCUGCAAGUGCAAGUGCAGUAAAGGUGACGAUGACCCGUUACCCACCUAGAGGAAGGCGCGAUGCUGGAACGAGACCCCUGCCUCCGGGAAGCGUGGCCCGCCCCCACCCCACCCCGCCGCCCCCCUCACUAAACAUCUUUCUUGCCUUAUGUGCCCCAUAGAGCUUCACAGUGUCACGCUGGAUGCCGUGAUUUCAGGGACUGGCGUCAGAGCGCUUGCCGAGGCCCCGGGUGCAGUCACCUGGGCAUGGGGAAGGCAGGCUGCAGCGGGUAGGGUGCGUCCCCACACAAUCGAUCUCUGCCGACUUGACGAGGGAGGCGCUGUGCAAGGCACCCCGGGCAGUUUUCUCCCAGUGGCGAUAGACUAGGAGUGUCUGGUGGCUGCUUCAGAGACCUUCUUGUGCAAAAUGCUGUCCGUCUCCUCCUUGGCGUCCUGAUGGUGCCAUGUUUUUGAGAGAAGGAGUCUUUUAAGGAUUACAACUCACUUCAGGCAGAAUCCAAUAAUUCUGACUUGAGAAAAGCACUCUGUUUAUGACAACUGUUUUUAUUACUAAUGGCAUUUAGUAAAAUCCUUUUUAGAAGGUGUCUUUUUGUUUUUCCAGCUGAGUAGUGAAAAAUCAACAAGGUGCAUCUAAACCAUCCUAUGCCUUUCUUGAAACGUGCAUUUUAAGAAGUUACUGUUCAAAUGACUUUUCUGGCUCGGCCACUUUUCAGGAGAUUUAGAAAGCCUUAUGCGCUCUUUGUGUUUUUCUUGAAACCUGCGACGACGUUUUGAACACCGUAAGCGGUGUGCUGUUAGAAACGCGCUUUCUCUAUUGUUGUGUUUCUUUGACGAUACUGACGUGUUUAAAGGAGUAUCUUCAUCACUAGAUUUUCCUUUUGUUUUUUCUGUCUUUGGUGAUUCAGCUCAGCUCAUGGGGCUUAUCUUCUCAUCCAGGUAUGAGCAGAUAUUUUGUAAUGUCUUUGGAAACCAAAUGUUUGACUCGGGCAUGGCUCUGCGGAGAAUCAGUAUGUUUUGGCUGCUUGCCCCAGCCUCCUCGCGCAGACAGUAAGGAGCGAAUAGUGCUAUUGAUCCUCUUAGGCAGGGCUUCCUGGCAGGACUGGAGCACUCCCCUGGGGCCUGGGGGACAAGCUUCCUGAUUUUCAGUUGUUUAAAUGACUUGAGUUAUUUUGGAGAAAUCCUGUUACCUUACAGAGUUCCGAGUCCCGUUGCUAACCAUUUUGCCCCGCUGAAAACACCUUCCCUUUCACUUAGGGGGUUUUACCACUCGGUCUCUCCUAGGCCGCGUGUGACUGUUACCAUGGCAGCAGAACGCGCGGAUGACUAAGACACACGUUGCUCUAUCCGUUGAGUUUAAAACGCAGAGAGCGCGUCUUUACAGAGAGUUGGCUCUCCUAUGGCCUUUGAGGCCACCUGUGCUUUUAAGGAGCAAACCGAUUACAUUGAACUUGGGGGCCUCUGAAAUAACAGAAAGGCAAUUGUUGUCGAUUUAUUAUCGCGGAACUUUUUAAAACUUAUUACACAUUCCACAAAGGAGUGAAACGGAAAAUCUGACGUGUUUGCUUAUUGUGAGCACAUUUGUAAAACGUGGCGGGUUUUUUGUGUGUUUGAUUCUACCUUUCUGUGUUGGCCUCGGGUCCUGCUUUCCUUCCCCGUGUAGACACUUCUUUGUUUCUUAACAUUUGCUAGGUUAGAAGGAACAGCGUCACCUCACUCUUCACCUGUAGUAUUUAUUAUCUUUAUGAAACUGAAGCCAUUAGGAAGCUAGUCUGUGUCAAAAUCAUAUUCAGAACAUUCUCCUUAUGACCGCAGCUGAAUUCUUACUCAGUAACAAAAUAAGAACAUGCCUGACACUGUCUUUUCAAUGGAGCCUGGGCAGUGAGUCUCCGUCGCUGGAAUUGUUGCGACAGGGCCUUGUGGUAGGUGGCUUUCUGGAGAGGUCACGCUCAGUGAGUCCUGAGGCUCGAGUCGGUGGCCCAGGCUGGGAUCAGUGAAUGCACUUGUCUAGUGGCACCCUUUAAAAUGCCUGUCAGAGGCGGCCGGCUUGCGGCCCUGUUUGCAUUUUGAUCCAGGAGGGGGCAGGCCUCACCCCAUCCCUGUCCUGUUGCACACGGCACAAGUCCCCGCGGUCGUGCCCCUCUCCUCCGAGGUAGAACGGGAGCCUUUGGAAAGGAUGCGUUCCCUGGGCUAGAGCUCAGGUCUCUAUUCCUAGCGGCUUGGGCUGUUCGUCUGUCCCGGAGAAACCUGUAAGCAGGCCCUGCACAUUCGUAGCCCCCACCAUCCUUGUGCCUUCACCCCUGACACGUUUCACAAGCACGUGGGUCGACCCAGGUGGGGACCAGGAAGAUUCUCGGGCCAGCCGCAGCCACACUGGCACCUGCUUGCUCCCGAGUUUUUGCGCCAAGCAUGCCUCAGUUUGAUUUUGUAGUUAUACAGCUAAAAUCGUCUGUUCCUUGGGAAGAUACCAGCAGGAUUACAAUGGGAUCCUUACAUAAACUUGCAUUUCCUCCGUGUGACGCUUUUCAGUAGGGAACGCCAACCCCAUUGUUCGUGGGGGUGCAGUACUAACCAUGCCUGAUGUAAAAUGUAAACGGAGCCUGGGAAGUCGGCCCACGUCUUGGAUUUUAACCUUGCCCUCACUCCCUGGUGAAACCUGGGGAGUUCUGCACUUGGUAGUGGGCUGUUACGUGGCAUAGCUUGUCUUAACUGAAGAUGACGUUCCCUUUCACGGAUGGUCUUCAUGCCGACGUUCUGGAAGCACAUGUAUGUUUAUCCCUUUCGAGGCCUUGAAAUCCUGGCGAGGAGGGAAGAAGGUCCUCAGGUCAUGGCUAACUCAACCGGUGUCCAGUUGGGGUGGCCCUGGAGGGUGCGGGUGACCUGUGGGUCAUCCGAGUCCCUCUGACCCCAUUGGGUGGUUUUGCGGGACAUGCCUAGUCUGUCAGUCUGGCUGUCAUGUCCCCUGCAGCCUGGCCUUUGAGCUUUACAGUGGUCACAAGAGGCCGGCGCCCUCCGAGGAGGAGUCACUGUAGAUGUUCGCGUAGCAGAGAUCGACUCAGGACCUGAGCAUAAUCAGAUCCUUGGAAAGCAUGACCGGCUGUCCGUAUCAGUUCUUCCUCACCCCGCCGGAGUGGCCGUAGCCCAGGGAACUGACCUCCACCACCGCUCACACCUUUUGCAAAGGGGAACAAGUUCUCUUUAUGGAAUAUUAUUCCGUAAAAACCAGUGUGUGUAGGACCAGGCCGGUUCCUUUUUAGAGUCCAGGGCCUGUGGGGAAAGGGAUCCUCAGAGAUCUAAAAAUUACUCCAAGAUGAGUCUAUCUUUUUCAUCUAUCUUGCUUGCAAAGUUUAAAGUUAUUUAAAAAUUGGGAGAAGACAUUUUCCCUUGAUAGUCUUUAAAAAUUAGGAGAUUGGAAAGAACCAGGGUGGGCUUUUUGUAUAUUUUUCAGAUUCUCAUCUAUUAAUAAGUCUCCAUAUAUAUAUAUGUGUGUGUGUGUGUGCGUAUAUACAUAUAUAUAUAUGACACUGAAAUCAUCAAGGGAAAAUAUUUUGCAUGUCUAAAGCUUCGUGAAGGUCUCUUUAAAAAAUACCAAAGCUUGUUGAUUCUUUAUAAUUAACCCAAGCCCUUAGGAAGAUACACAAAAUGAAGAGGUUAUGACUGGUAUUGCCCAAAAUGCCACAUGGAACGAAGGGCCUGCGCCCAAAUAUAGUUGCUAAUGCGUCAGUAGUAGGGGAGCAUGCUGUUUUGGUUGAUAAAGCCCCACGGGCGCCCUUCUUCCUCCGCUUGGUAUAAUCUCGUCUUCCACACUCCUGGGAGCCUUGGGUUAGGGGUAAGGACCAGCCACAUGCCUGACCUUUCCUUCAUCCUUUGCUCAUUUUACCACGGGUGUAUUUUUACUCUUGUAUAAAAAUAUGCACGAAUGGGUCAUGCACACGUAGACAGUAUGUAUUUGGCAACGGUGGUAAGAACAAAAGUUCGGUUCUCGUUUUUGACAUGUCAGUCCAUCUUGUGCCACUAACACUGUGAUGUAUAAAAGAGCUGUUUGAAUGCCUUUUAAUGUUGUGUUUUGUACUUUGGAAUCACAUGGAAAAGCUUGGUUUGUAAUUUCAAUACAUAUUUUAAAUGUA